CUGUUCGCUGUGGUUAAGAAUAUUGCUAAUCCUCACUAUAUCGGUAGAAAAUGACUUCAUAUUACGUUCAAGAUUACUCUGACGCUCUAGACAAGUUCAGGAUAUGCAGGAAAUGUUUGAAGAAAUGUGAAAAACGCUACAAGUUCAACGGUACCAAUGAGAGAAGUUUUCCAGUCCUAUCGGUUAAUUCGAUAGAACUUAACCGUUCCUUGCAAAAUCUCCGCUCUUUUCCUUUGUAUAGGCUAAUGAUUGCCAACCUGAUCGUUGACUUUUGCGACAAUGAUCAACAAAGGCUGGUGAUAAAAAUCCAUCCUCCUGCCAAGGAACCCCUAGAUUAUGCAUGGGGUGAGAGAGCGAACCGAAUGAUUUGGGAACGCAUCGAGCUGGAUGAAAUGAUGUCCUGGCUGUCGACACUUGGAGGAGCAUUUUCGGCAUUAGGAGAUUAUAAAUUAGCUUGCGCCGACAUUGCCGGUCGAAUUUCGGUCCAACAAAUGAAACUAGCCGUUCGAUUGGGAGAACCGUCCGUCAUAGCGCGGUGUCGUCUCUAUAUGGCAAUUGCAAUGAUUCAAAAGUAUGACUUCGCAGGAUCCAAACAAAUCGUCAAGAGGAUCUAUCGGAAGGAAAAAAGGCAAACAGAACCGGACACUAGGUUGGUGAAUAUGUGCCUGGGAAUAUGGUCAAAGUUGAGUUACGAAUAUGACUUGUAUCAGAAGAAGCUGAACAGACCCAAAGAAUAAGAUUAUGACUGGUUAGGUUAGUCAGUUCCGGAAUG